AUGGCUGACGCUCACUCCACCCUUACCAGGGCUACUACCGCGAGCCGCAAGUCCACCAUUGCGAGCCGCAAUGCUUCGUUGAUCAAGAAAAACACGGGCCCUUACGAGCUGCGCCCGUCUGACGUUCUGCUCGAGCGCUUCACCGGAUGGAAGGACAUUACCAAGAUGCUGAUUUCCUACUUUGAGGGCAUUGCUGACAUCGAGUACAACACGGCCAAGGAGAUGGCCAAACUCGGUGGCGUAAUUCAAGUGCCCUUUCGCCAGGGCAACCAGUUCCUUGGCGAGGACGGUAUCCAGGACGUGUUCUAUAGCAUUCGUGACAAGUCGCGCACGAUUGCUGACUACCAUGCGAACCUUGCCAAGACGGUUGAGGGCUCGAUCGUGCAGCACCUCCAGAAGCUGCGCACCGAGAUCAAGGCCCACAUCCGUAACAUUCAGCAGGACACUGGCAAGCUCGCCAACUCUGUUGCCCGUGAGCGUGAGCUUUCUACCAAGAUGAUUUCUGACCUUGCGCGCUCCAUCACGCUGCUCAAGAACACGCCCAUGAGCGUGAGCGCGCGUGAGGAUCCGUUUGCCGCUAACCUCGCUGUCUCCAAGCAGCUCCAGCGUCAGGUGAACGAGGAAAACGCGUUGCAGAAGAGCAUCAUCAUCAUGCAGCAGAACUCUGCUCACUUUGAAGAGGGUAUUGUGCGCAGCAUCCAGAGCGCAUGGCAAACCUUUGACGAGUGGAGCGGCCGCAUGUCGGCGCAGGUCCAGGACACUUGGCUCGGUCUCGGUGUGCACAUGCGUUCCCUCGAGCCCAACUCUGAGUGGAUCUCGUUUGCCUCCCGCUCUGACCACCUGCUCGACCCCGACACGCCGCUGCGCAACCCCGAGACGAUUGACUACCCCGGCAAGGAGGACCCGUCUGUCAUUCCCGUUCAUCAGGGUCUGCUCGAGCGCAAGAAGCGCUUCACCAAGGCCUACAAGGAGGGAUUCUACGUUCUUACCCCUGCUGGUUACCUUCACGAGCACUCGUCUUCCGACCAAACUCGUCACCCCUCUGCCGAUCUCUCGCUUUUCCUCCCCGAGUGCACGCUCGGUGCCCCGUCUACUGCCGCCGCUGACACGCACAAGUUCCACAUUGAGGGCCGCAAGCUUGGCGGCGCACAAUCCGGUGGCUUCAGCCUUGGCCGCGACUAUGCGUACACCUUCCGUGCCCGUAGCCACGACGAGCUCAUGGAGUGGUGGAACGACAUUAAGCAACUCUCCAAGGUUUACCUUACCACCAGCGAGCAGAUGGACCGCUCUGGCCCUGUUCCUGCUGCAGUCCGGUACGCUGGCUACCGUAGCGAGGAUGAAGAGGACGAAGAGGACGGCUCUUCUAUCGAGGAGGAGUUUGUUGACGAAGAAGAGGUUUUGCCAUCCAACCACUACACUGGCGCUGCUCCGGCCAUUCCCUCUACGGUUACCUCGGCCGCUCCCGUGACUGUUCUCGACGACAUGCGGCGCAACGGCGAGAGUGUACCCGAGUACUCUGCACCUGCGCACAACGCUGGUAUUGACAUUGGCGCCUCUGGCUAUGCCUCUGAGAAGAAGGGCAACACCAAGGGCGCUGCGGAUGCGAUCAAGGACGCUGGAAAGGAUGCCAAAGACACUAUUAAGGGCUCCAAGUAA